AUGCCGCCAAGACAAACUUAUCCUCCAGAGAAGCUCUCUUCCACCAUCGAAGCCAUACGAAACGGAAUGCUGAUAAGAGAGGCUAGUAGAACGUUUGGAAUUCUUGGAGGCACACUACAAGAUUGGCUCCAUCUACGUGUCCCAGAAGGCCCAAGAAAAAUGGGUCCAGAUUCCAUUUUAAAUAAAGCAGAAGAAGCUGCACUGGUGGAUUUGUGUCCAAAAUUAACAAAAUGUGGGUUUCCUUUAAAGACUGACAAUUUAUUAAAUACGGUCGAAGCAAUAGUAAAGGCCGAUGGAAGACCUAAUCCUUUCGUGUUGCCGGGUCUCUAUGUGGGCAAUUAUAGAGAUUCAAAGGACCCAGUGCAAUUGGACAAAUAUAAAAUAACUCAUAUACUAUCUAUACAUGAUGCAGCUAGAAGAUUACAUGCAGAUAAACAUUACCUCUGCAUAAUGGCAUCCGACUCUCCUGACCAAAACCUGACGCAGUACUUUAGUCUUUGUAACGAUUUUAUACACGCCGCGCGAUUGAGGGAUGGAAACGUUCUAAUACAUUGUUUGGCGGGCAUGUCUCGUAGCGUGACGGUAGCUGUCGCAUACAUAAUGUCCGUCACGCCGCUAACUUGGCGCGAGGCAUUAAAAGUGGUGCGGGCGGGGCGUGCCGUCGCCAACCCUAAUCUCGGAUUCCAGCGGCAAUUGCAAGAUUUCGAAACGUACAAGCUAAUGGAGGAAAGAAGGCGUCUUAAAGAACGCUACCCGUCUCUAGCUCUAGCGGAUAGCGAUUUAAAAGAAUGUCGUGUCAUGUUGGAUUCCUAUCAAACUAUGCUCAGUCAGCGCACCAUCUGCGAAGGAAAAUGCUCAAUGGGUCGACAAUGUCCUACGGGUGUGUGCAGAACCGGUUCAAAAAGACAACCUCGACCACGAAGGCCUUCAACAGCAACGAAUACAGGCGAUUCCGCUGGUCUGAAGAGGUCACCUUCCACUUUGUCUACGACAUCAACUGCAUCUGGUUAUCGACCGCGAUCCUCCCCUGCCGGCCUUUACAGUUAUACUGGGGUUCCGUCUCGACCGACUCGGUCAGCAUCAGGUUUGUCCAUAACUCGAGUAACCGACCCGAGUGGCGGCGGAUCAGCGAUGGCGGUUGGAGGCAGUGAGUACUCUCGGAGACGAGCCGCUUCAGCGCCUGCGACCCCAGCCCUAUCCCCUUCAUCAUCACCACCCGGGUCGCCACAUCGAGCACCUCAUAGUGGCGGUUGUGCAUGGGUCAUACCUACAGUGAACUGGGACCCAGGCUCAUUGUGAUCGUGUCACGGGCACUUGUCUCCAGAGUGAAGCCCGCACAAGAUCGCGGGCUGUGCAACGUUGCUCGUAGCAGGCGCCUCAGCGUGGGCCCGCGUCCGCCCCGCGCUCUAAACGCAUUUGACGUCAUCAAACCGUACCGAAUGUCCACUGAGUCUCGUUACAACUCUGUGUUCAGAUAAAACAAACAUAAUUAUAUAAUUAUAGCCUU